UGAAAUGGAAUAACACUGUUGAAAACUAGUCAAUAUAGUGGAAUGCUUGUCCAUUUCCCAGUCCAUAUAUUUUAUUCCCACAUCAAGCUUGCUUAUGCUUCUUCCGCUCCCCACUAUUAUUCUCAUCACGUUCUUCCCUUCUUCCUUCCUGGUUCCUACUAGUCCCACCACACACAUCUUCCCAGUCCUAUCAUGGUGGCGUAGAGAUAUAGAACGUAGAGAUCGAGGAGGCAGGAGAGCAGGAGAAGAACCUCAUCUCAGAGGUGGGGAAGCCACAUGGGAAAGGUGAAACAGAAGGUGGCAACGGCGGCGGAGGACAUCGUCCUUGAAGACGAAGAUGAUGCGGAAAGAUCUUCGGAGAACUCUGUACCGCCUGUGAUUCUGGACCUCAACCAGAGUUUCGGCGAGGGUAGCGAGGAAGGGGAAGCCGGAGAGGAUGGCAGCUACGACGAGGAGGAUGGUGACUGCGACGGCGGUAGCAUGAGUAGAGUCGCCGGAGGAAGCAGUUCAAGCAACAGCAGCAGCACCAACCACCAUACUUCUAUGAGCAACAAGAAUUAUGACACGAAUAAUAGCAGCAGUUGUAAGGGUGAGGGCAGCGGGGAGACGGCGCAGACCGUGAGGCAGUACAACAGAUCCAAGCUUCCCCGGCUCCGGUGGACUCCGGACCUGCAUAUGGCGUUCGUCCACGCCGUGGAGAGGCUGGGCGGCCAAGAGAGAGCAACGCCAAAGCUGGUGCUUCAGACGAUGAACGUGAGGGGGCUCAGCAUUGCUCAUGUAAAAAGUCACUUGCAGAUGUACAGAAGCAAGAAGCUGGACCACGAGUCUGCUGGAGCUGGACACGAUAGAGCAGCCAUCUACUCCGUUUUCAAGCCCAUGGAUUUGCACAUGAUGAUGAGGAGAGGAGACCAUCGCUUCCACGACAUGUUUCUCCAUCGAGCUGCCGCUGCCGGCUCGGUCAUCUCCUCCCCGCUGCUCCACAACGGGGAUUUAUUCGGGUCACGGGACGCCGUCUCGCCGGAGGCCAGCAGGCUCUACGCGCUCCUCCAACGCCGGCAGCAGCCUUCCUCCACGCAAACUGAUCAAGUGUGGACUUUCAGCCGGCAUGCAGCGGCGGCGGCGGCGGCGGCGAGGGCUGGGGCCAUCGAUGACGACCAUGGCCCAACGAAAGGGCUCAUCCAUGAUAUGAUCUUGAGAAAGGACGGCAGGCUGACGUCCCAUUUGUUCGGCCUGUGGGAUGCCAUCGCUUGCAACAGGACGUCGUCGAACGCCGCUGGUGCUGCCAGCCACGGCGCAAGGGUCGUCACAAGCACGGAUUGGAACGGCACCUGCAGCUCAUCUCGGCCCCUGUCUGUGACAAUGUCGGCAGCUGCCUCCACAGGUCUUGCGAUGGGCAGUCACCACCUCAUGUCCAGGGGAAGAGGCGGCUCCGCUAACGACGUGACAUCGUUAGAUCAUGCCGUGGUGACAAAUGAAGCCCUAGGCUCCCGACUCCAGACGCUCCUAGAGCGGAACAAUGCGGCCAAAUUAACCGGCGAGGAGAUGUGCGGGGGGACAAGAACCAAGAUGCUGAAGACGGCAAUGGAGGGCAAGAAUGGCGGCAUGCAGGAGCCGGACUUGCAGCUAAGCUUCAGCCCCAACGACGACAUGGAAGGAGAUGCCAACAAGCAGAUCAAGAAGAGGAAGAUCAUAGACGGCAUUGGGUUCAGCCAACAGGAGGUGGACAGUGACAAGUCGAUGCUACCUCUUUCGCUCUCACUGUCACUCCGUGGCGGCGACAUCGGCGGCGAGGAUGCAGGGAGGUUCGAGGCAGCGGCAGGUAGCGGCGGCAAAAAGGCCGCUCUGGGGCGGAGCACUUUGGAUCUGACCAUGUCGAUCAAGGCAUUGGAGUGAGAAGAUGUUUCACGGCCGCUCUGGGGGGUGAGUACUUUGGAUCUGACCAUGUCGAUCGAUCCAUCAAAGGCAUUGGAGUGAGAUCUUUCAAGUACUCGUCCCAAGGCCUUCCAAAACUUGCACACUGCACCAUGAGAUUAAUUAAGUCAUAAGACUGUUUGUUUAAGUUAACCAUGCAUGAGCAGACCAGGCCAGACCACAUAUACUUACAAAUAAUAACUGUCUUCGAUGAGAUGCACUAGACAUAGCUACGAACUGUACGUUUUUCUCUAUGUAUAUGCAUAUAUAUAGUUACAUGCUUAUUACA